GGGAGAAUUAUCUUGCGUAAAGCCAUUUUACGUAGUGCCUGAGUCGCAGGAGGCGCUCAAUAUUUUUCUUUUUUUUAAAACUUUGGGGUGCUGGUACUCCUGCUGAUUGAAAAAAGAAAGAAAAAUACCACCUCUUCUGUACUCUGCUGGAAAGAGUGGGUGUGAAACUGGGAACUGUCUACUUCCUCCCCUAUGUCUGAGGCUGCCUGGGGAAAAUCCCUUGGUCCACCUUAAAUGCAAGCAGCUGUGUAGCUGUCGCCCCUCCUCCACCACAGCUGGAAGUCCCUGCCUGACAGCGCCCUCUAUGGGGGCCACUUCUGGCUUAGUCCUGCCCUCGGGAGCCCCAUCUCCUAUCACUCCAUCCUUUGACGGAAUAUGAAUUGCCCAUACACGGAGCUGAGCCCUAUAUUUGGUGUUGGGACCCAAGGAUGACUGAGGAAGGUGCUGUUCGGAGGGUCUUCAGUCUGUCAAGAGACGCACUUAAGCUGGUAAAUUAUAAGAGUUUAAACAGAUUUACUGGAGGACUCAUCUAUCCAUCCAGUUAUUCUUUCAUUUCUUAAACAUUGAUGUAGCACUUUGCUAAGUGCUGAUGACUAGGAAGAAGAUAAACUCUUGCCUUCCAAGGGCCUUCUUGUCCACUAAGUUCCAGGCUUGUGUGUGUGUGCACAAAACCCUUUUCUCAAAUAAACAAGUGAAAUCAUAGGUGGGCCCCCAUAAUAUAAACAUAAAAUUGGAACUUCUCUAUGAAAGGAACUAGACAUAAAAGGGUACAAAUUGUAAAAUGCCAGAUCAGCAGCAUCAGCCGGGAUAGGAAUUCAUUAGAAAUGAAAAUUAUCAGGUCUUACCCCAUAGAUACUGAAUCAGAAACUCUAGGAGUGGGGCCCAGCAAUGUGUUUUAACAAGCUUUCCAGGUGAUUCCAAUGCAUGCUAAAGUUUGAGAACCACUGGAAAGUAUACAAAAAGGCAAAACUCAUCCAUGCUAUCAGAAAUUAGGGUAGCAUUACCCUUAGGAGAGUAGUCCCAGGCCAGGAGCACAAAGCCGGCUUCCUAGAUGCUGGUAAUACUCUGUUGCUUCAUCUGGGUGCUGGUUACAUAAGCCUGUUCUGUUUGGGAGAAUUCAUCAAGCUAUGUAUUUAUGACGUGAAUUUUUCUAUGUGUCUGUUAUAUUUCAAUACAAAGUGUAAAUAUAGGGCUCUGGUUGGAGCCCUGGGAGGGGCAGGGGGAGGAAGGUCUAGGAGCCCGUCCACAGCUCUGUCCUUACCUGGCACGCAGUCCUUGAGGGAUUUUCAAGGGAACCUAAAGUUCCUUAGAAUAUAGCUUGAAAUCAUCCCUCUGUCCCAACAGAGAGGCAGUGACUUGUCCAAGGUCCCACAGAGCCAGCACCAGAAGCCAGGUCUCCUGACUCCCAGGCCAGGAUCUGGACACUAUUCCUUUGCUGAAGGGCCAGUGUCAUGAGUGAGGACAGGGACAGCUUGUCAGUCUCCUGUCCCCUCCCCACUCCCUUAACUUGCAUCUUGGGAAGAGGGCCAAGACUCUGGUGUGAAUGAUGCUUUCCUUAUCCUGGAGCAACUUCCUUUCUGGGAACUGGGUGUCUCCUUCUGGGCAAAGACAAUAAAAUUUAUCCAAGGGACCAGAGGAGCAGGGCUCCUCCUGCCCCCACCCGGAUGGGCAUCACGUGGCUCCCGGGUUAGCAGUUCAGGAAAAUCCCAGCCGUUGCACAGUUGGCCUCCCAUAUCCAUCUCCUCACCCACCCUGACACACUCAGUCUCUGGGACCCACCUUGAACAUUCACCAUUGCCCACUCCCUGGCACACUUCUUUCACCCUCAGCUUCUGCCACCUCUCUCUGGGCAAUAUUGCCAGCCUUUCCCUAAUCCCAGAGCUGCAGCCUUGCCCUGUCACUCAUCCCAAAACCCACCAUGUCCCUGGGGCCACUGAAAUUUCAGGCAGUGGGUGAAGAAGAUGAGGAGGAUGAGGAGGAAGAGAGCCUGGACUCUGUGAAGGCACUGACAGCCAAGCUGCGGCUGCAGACACGGCGGCCCUCAUACCUGGAGUGGACAGCCCGGGUCCAGAGCCAGGCCUGGCGCAGGGCCCAAGCCAGACCUGAGCCAGGGGGACCUGGGGCCAUCUGCGGCUUCGACUCAAUGGACUCCGCCCUUGAAUGGCUCCGACGGGAGCUGCGGGAGAUGCAAGCUCAGGACCGGCAGCUGGCGGGGCAGCUGCUGCGGCUGCGGGCCCAGCUGCACCGGCUGAAGGUGGACCAAGCCUGUCACCUGCACCAGGAGCUACUGGACGAGGCCGAGCUGGAGCUGGAGCUGGAGCCGGGGGCUGGCCUGGCCUUGGCCCCGCCGCUGCGGCACCUGGGCCUCACGCGCAUGAACAUCAGCGCGCGGCGCUUCACCCUCUGCUGAGGGGCGCCCGCGUACUUCCUGGGGCACCCGCCGCCCCUUCCCCAGCCCACCCGGGAAGGGAGAAGGGAGGGGUGCCCCAGAGGCGCCAGCACCUGGCAGCGGUGGGGGUUGGGGGCCACUCAGCUCUCUGGGAGCGUAAAGUGCUAGCAUCCUGUCCCCACUGCUGCCCCAGCUGGGGGUGUGCGGGAGGAAGGGGAGGAGCUCAUACACCCCAGGCUCCUCAAUAAACGCCCUUUCUG